GAUGGAAGUUUCCUGAGAACUCUGGCUUCUUCUCUCAUUGAUUUUAAUGAACUGAGUUCUGUGGCUGCACUGAACCAGCUGCUGGAGGGUCUGAAUAAUAAGAAGAACCUGCCUGCGGGGGGCACUAUGCUGCACUGCCUGGAAAACAUCGCAAGCUUCAUGGAGGCCCUCCCAAUGGACUCCCCCAGCAACCUGUGGAUCACCAUCUGCAACCAGUUCCAGACCUUCCUCAUCAAGCUGCCCUCUGUGCUACCGCUGAAGUGUCCCCUAGACUCCAGCUUAAGAAUCAUUAUUUGCCUGCUAAAGAUUUCCACUUCAAGCGCCACGAGGAGCCUUCUGGAACCCUUCUCCAAAUUGCUCAGCUUCGUGAUUCAGUACGGCGUCUUCAGCCUGUCCUACCUGGUGGAGCUGUGCGGCCUGUGCUACCGAGCCUUCAACAAGGAGAGGGAUAAGUUCUACAUGUCCCGCAUUGUGGUGCUGGAGCUUCUGCAGGCACUGAAGUUCAAGGCUCCACUACCUGACAUAAACCUCUUACUGUUGGUCCAGUUUGUUUGUGCAGAUGCUGGUACAAGGCUGGCUGAAUCUACCAUUCUUCAAAAGCACAUGAUUGCUUCACUUCCUGGGUGUACAACAGCUGCAAUGGAAUGCAUGAGGCAGUAUAUCAGUGAGCUGCUGGACUUCAUUGCAGAUAUGCACACACUUACUAAAUUAAAGAGCCACAUGAAAGCCUGCUGUCAGCCUCUCCAUGAGGAUACCUUUGGUGGGAACCUCAAGGUGGGUUUGGCUCAGGUGGCUGCCAUGGAGAUCAGCAAAGGCAAUCACCGUGACAACAAGGCGGUGAUCCGCUAUUUGCCCUGGCUGUACCAUCCUCCGUCUACCAUGCAACAGGGGCCAAAGGAGUUCAUCGAAUGUGUGUCACACAUUCGCCAGCUCUCCUGGCUGCUGCUGGGCUCGCUUACCCACUGCGCUUUGCACCAGGGCUCCACUUCCUGUAUGCCAAUCCCGCUGGACGCCGGCUCUCACAUCGCAGACCACCUCAUCGUCAUCCUGAUCGGCUUUCCGGAACAGUCCAAGACGUCGGUGCUGCACAUGUGCUCGCUCUUCCACGCCUUCAUGUUCGCCCAGCUCUGGACCAUCUACUGCGAGCAGGCGGCGGCCACACCCACCCUGCUGAACCAGAACCAGAACGAGUUCUCGUCCAGCGCCAUCCUCACGGGCCUGGAGUUCUGGAGCCGCGUCACGCCCAGCAUCCUGCAGCUCAUGGCCCACAACAAAGUGAUGGUGGAGAUGGUCUGCUUGCAUGUCAUCAGCCUCAUGGAGGCGCUUCAGGAAUGCAACUCCACCAUUUUUGUAAAGCUUAUUCCUAUGUGGCUGCCCAUGAUUCAGUCAAACCUGAAGCACUUGUCUGCGGGGCUGCAGCUGCGGCUCCAGGCCAUCCAGAACCGCGUCAAUCACCAGUGUCUGCAGGGCAUGCAGGGCAUGCAGGGCUACGCCAUGCCAGGCGUCCUGCCCACCGCCCUGCGCAAGUGGCUGCAGUGCACGCAGUUCAAGAUGGCGCAGGUGGAGAUUCAGUCUUCCGAGGCGGCCUCGCAGUUCUACCCCAUGUGAACUCGGCCAGCAGAUUCCACCCCGCCCCACCCCGCCCAGCCUUGCCCUGCCCCUCCCCUGCCCUGCCGCCGGAGGACCAUUCCACGGCUGCCCACGCCGUCUCUCGACACCAGACGCCUCCAAAUUCCACUCUUCUGGCCAUCUUUCGGCUUCGCGCUUCAACUUUCGCUGUCUUAAGUGUGCGCGUUUUCCCCCCCAGUUAAACUGUACAUCUAACUGCGUUCCAGAGGUUCAAAAUGUUCACUGUAGGCAGCCUGGAGGCCGAAAAGCAAUAGAAUUACAGAGGGAGCGCGCUCAAAUUCUUUCUUAUCAGAGAGUGAGGGUCAAGCAGGGGCAGUGGCAAAUGUUUCUGCAUCUGGGACCGGGGAGCUGCGGUAGCAGCCAGAGGGAGUUUCCUUUUCAGAUAAGCCCUAAAAGGAGUCAGGGAGAUUGCACUGGAAAGCAAAAGCAGAGUGAAUGCCCGUGUGUUAGAGGGUAUAAUGUGCUCUGGACUUUAUCUCAUAAGCUGGAAGAAUAACAGGCUUAGAGAGGAGCCCUGGACAACGCUGUCCUGUGUAAAUAUCAAUAACCUGCAGAUGUACAGCUAGCCAAGCCACAGUGACACCCUGCAGCAAAACAGGACAUUUCUGUUCCUGGAUAAUAAGAAAGGGAUAUUAUGCAUAAGGCUUUGAAAAGUGCUCUGUAUCCAUAUGCAUUCUGGAUGCCAAUGUAUUUUUUUCUUUUUCUUGUUGCUGUUGUGGUUGAUUGAAAGCCAGAACAAUUGAAUAAAG